UGUGCAGUCCCGGAGAAAGCAUCUUUUACUUCCAGUUGUUCACCAUGCGUUCUUGGUUCAUUUCUUUGUGCUUGUGCACCUCUGUGGCUCUCGCUGCCCACCAUUUGGGCCGAGAUGCUACCGAUGGUGGUGAUAACAACGGUGGAAUGGUCCCAGCUGACAAGAAUUUCCUGCAGAGACAAUUGCAAAUUCUCCGACUGAUGAGGAACAUCCAUGAGCAGAACCACGACCAAGAACAGCAACAAAUCGGAAACAACUUCAAUAUUGACCAAGAAGCCUCCAACUUCUCUAACUCUCAAGCAGUGAAGGCCAUGCAACAGCAAAUCGCACAAGGCAAAACCUCCAGGAACCAAGUGUUCGACAUCAUGUCCAACCACCAAAGACAGGAGGCUAUCACCUUGUUCGACCUCUUCUUCUUCGCCAAGGAUUUCGAUACCUUCUACAGGGCUGCUUGCUGGGCUCGUGACCGUGUGAACGCCGGACAAUUCAUCUACGCUCUCCACGUCGCUGUCAUGCACCGUCCCGACACCCAAGGAAUGGUCUUGCCUCCCAUCUACGAAGUCCACCCACAACUCUUCGUUGACAGUAUGGCCAUGCAAAAGCUCUACAACGCUAGAAUGCAAGGACAAGACAACUUCCAAGUUCAGGCCAACUACAGCAACUGCCCAACUCACUGCCAGUUCAACAACUGUGAAAACACUCCCAACUCUCCCAACUGCCAGAACUGCCAGAACUGCGAUCUCAUCAACGGCAACGGAAACAACAAUAACAACAACAACGACGACAACAACAAUGGCAACAACAACAACGGCAACAGCGGAAGCAACUUCAACAGCAACAACAACCCCAACAACCAGGUCAGCUACUUCAACGAGGAUCCUGGCAUGAACGCUUUCAACUACUACUUCCACGUUCAAUACCCAUUCUGGAUGGACCAAAAGAAAUACGGCAUCAACAAGGCUCGUCAAGGUGAACUUUUCCUCCACCAGAACCAACAACUCCUGGCCCGUUACAACCUGGAGAGAUACAGCAACAACUUAGACGCCAUCCAACCCCUCCAAGUCCAACAGAACGGUGCCGUCUGUAUUCAGGAAGGACACAACCCCUCAAUCUCCUUCGAGAAUGGAAACAACAUGCCCAACCGUCCAGACAACUUCUGCAUCGACCAGAACAACAACAAUAACAACAACCAAAAUGGCCAGAACAACAACAACAACAACUUCAACAACGGAGAAAACGACAACAACAACUGCGGAAACACCCAGAACGGCAACUCCUGCGGACACAACGGAAUGAACGCCAACCAAAAGAUCCAACAGUACCAGAGAAGAAUCUACGACGCCAUUGAUCACGGAUUUGCUUACAGCCAAGACGGAAACAAAAUCAGCUUGAACGAGCAACAAAAUGGUGCCGACAAUCUGGGACGUUUGGUUCAAGCCAACUCCGACUUCGUCAACAACAACUACUACGGAAACAACGGUAUCUUCAACGAAGUCCAAAAAAUGGUUGGAAGAGCAACUGACCCCUUCAACAGACACUCCGCUGCCCCCGCUGCCGUCUCCCAAUACGAAACUGCUCUCAGGGACUCUGCCUACUUCUCUCUCUUAUCCAACAUCCACAACAUUCAACAAUACUACAAAUCCAAGCAACCAGCUUACACCAACCAAGACUUGGGAAUGAACGGAGUCGCCAUCCAAAACGUCGAUGUCGACAAAAUGAUGACCUACUUCGACAACUUCUUCAUGGACGCCAACAACGCUAUUAAACAAGGAAACAACGACAACAAUAACAACAACAACAACAUUAACUACCAAGUUAAGCAACAGCGCCUCAACCACAAGCCUUUCAGCUACAACAUCAACGUCCAGAGCAACCAGGCCUCCGACGCCAUCGUCCGUGUCUUCAUCGGACCCAAGACCAACCCCAACCUCAACAACAACAACAAUAACAACAACCAGAACAACAACAACAAUAACAACAACAACCACCAACAAGGCAUGCCCUUGGAACAAGCCCGUCCAUUCUUCGUCGAAAUCGACCGCUUCAAGGUUAACUUGAAAGAAGGACAGAACAAGAUCUCCCGUAACGCCAAGAGCUCCCCCAACAACGUCAACGACCAACAAACCUUUGAGAAAUUAUUCCAGAAAACCCAACAAGCCAUCGAAGGAUCAUCCCAAUUCCUCAUCGGCCAGGUUGACCAACACCACUGCGGAUGGCCAAAACGUAUGCAAAUCCCUCGUGGAAAGACCAGCGGUCAAGAGUUCACCAUGUUCUUCAUCGUGAACCCAACCGAGAACAAGAACAAUAACAACAACAACAACCAGGUGGACAACUACCUGACUUGCUCCAACAAGAAGGUGUUCGACAACCGCCCUCUUGGAUUCCCCUUCGACCGCCCCAUCAACACCGCUGAAUGGAACAACAACGUCAGCAACGCUUUCUUCAAGAACGUUGUCGUUUACCACAAGAAUGGUAACCAACAAUGAUUCCUUCAAGUCGUCAAGUCUGAAUCUCAUCAUAAUGCGCUAAGAACUAGUAAUAACACCCUACUUUAAGUUUUUAUACUUUUGUACUUAUUUAAUUCAAGACUGAUUAAUUAAUAAAUAGAAUAUAUAUUUUGCAGCAAUA